AUGCUCUCUUAAAAAUCCUUAAAAGCAAAGUUAGACCAAUCCAUUAUAUAUGUAUCAAAUUUUACAGAUAAUAAUAGGUCAAAUAUAAAUCUCUCAUAACUUCAGAAUAAAAAUAGUAUGAAAUUCCUUCCUACUUAAAUUCUAAAUGUAAAAUAAAAAUUCGGCAGACUAAACUAAGCCUUCCAAAAUUAUUUACUAUAAUACCUUCAUUGCCUUCAUAAAAAUCACUUUCAAAUAAACAUUAAUGUAGUCAUAGUAGGAUACCCUAAAUUGAAAGUUCAUAAAAAGUUCAUGAAAGAUUACCAUCAAUUGUAAAUGAUACGUAUUUUUUGAGAACAAGUUAAGGUGGUUACUUUGAAACCCUUUUAACUCAAAAUAAACAAAAAAAAUAAUGA